GUUUGUUUGUUGUGUUUGUAGUGUUUGUGUCAACAAUAUUGUCAACACAUUGUUUGUCAUGAAAUCAAGUGAUUUCUAGAUUUAUUAGUUGAUUACCGAAGACAUCACUGAUUAUUAUUAUUAUUACUCUUGUGUUUUGCCAAUCAAUUGAAUGCAACAAUUAUGUCAAAACUGUUGCCAUCGAAGAAGACACUGAAAGAAAAGGUAGUCCAACUCUACGAGGCUUUGAUUGAGGGAAGGGAACCGUACAUCGAAAACAACAACUUCUGGAAUGAAUUCUUCUUAUUAAAGGCCAAUGGACAGGCAUUUGACUCAAUCCUUAAUGCCAUCAAUAAUGUGUCGACUAUUAAACCAGUUGUUAAUCUCAUGUCUACGCAAUGUAUUGUUGCCAUUAAAAGUGAUAACAACUUGCGUGUGGCUAACAGUCUUAUUACAUUAUGCAGUCUAUCAAAAGUGAUUUCCGACAAAUGGCGCCAAAGUCAUCCAAAGUUUGAUUUGAUUGAUCAUAUCAUUGGUCGCGAAGAUCUCGAGCUUAAGACUCAAAUUUUAAUAGAGACGUUGUGUAACAUACUUAUCAAUGAACUUCCUGUAUCUCUCAAGACAUUAGUCAUAAAAUUUUUCUUGAUUUUAGUUACGACUCAUGAAAACGUUAACAAGAAUCCACUCAUAGAUUUAUUAAUAUCGGAUCAAUUAUUUGAUGCAUUAAUACAAACUCUUAAUGUUCAUCGACAGCGUCACAACUAUGGCUAUCAAAUGAUACUUCUUUUAACAAUUCUUCUAAAUUAUCGUAAAUAUGAGUCAAUAAAUCCGUAUAUAAUGAAGUUAUCGAUAGUUGACGAUGAGGUUCAACUUAAUGGUUACGCUAGAGUAAUAUCAAAUGAAUUAUUAGUAUUCAAUAAAAACUUUCAUCAAAUUAAUAAUGAAUCCAAACCAAGUGGACUAUUUAAUACAUUAACAAAUAUGGUCGGAAAUAUGUUUAUUGCUGAAGAUAAUGGUAUUGAAGCAAACAGUUUGAAGACAAAUAAUGCAGUUUUAUUGGCUUUUUAUGAAGCCAUUCAUCUGAAUAGAAAUUUUAUUACAUUACUUACAACUUCGCCUACAGAAGUCUAUGCUAUUGCUAAUGAAAGUACCGAUACAUCCAAUCAGAUAAAUAACGACACGUUAGAGUCGAUACAAAGUCCGCCCUCUAAUCUUUUGGUGGCAUUUCUUCAGUUUUCAUCCAUUGUGAUGAUCCACACGAAAGAUGAAUCAAUAUUGAAAACAUCGCGUCUUUGCUUCAUUAUCCUCACCUGCAUUACUGAAGAUCAAUGCGCUAAUGCUAUUAUGCACGAUAUGAAUAUGCCUUUUACUGUACAAUUGCAUCGUAUGCCAAUGAGACACAGGAAAGUGAAUCCUCAAAGUACAACCUCACGACCGCUUUCCUACUCAGUAAUGGACUUAAUGAUUGAGUUUAUGCUAACCCAUACCCGCAAGAAUCUACUACUAGAUCUAUAUAUGUUAUGUAUUGGAGUAAUACAUCGACUAUUAUGUUAUCAAAAGAAGUGCAAAAUACGUGUAGAUUACGCGUGGAAAGAGCUUUGGACGGCAUUAAUAACUUUAUUAAAGUUUGUUUUGUCCAACGAAUCUGAUCUAUUAAAGAAGUGUAAUGUGUUUACAUUGGCCAUCAAUGUGGUCAAUAUAUUUAAUUUGUUUAUAACAUUUGGCGACACAUUUUUGCCAUCACCUCAAGCUUACGAUGAACUCUAUUAUGAGAUCAUUCGUAUGCAUUCAGUCUUUGAACAUCUUUACUCAAUGACACUCCGAUAUGCAUCCAAUGAAAAGGCAGAGUAUAAAGAGUCGGCCACAAGACUAGCAUCGACUUUAGUCAAUAUAAAAGCCAUAAUAAAUCAUUUCAAUACCAAAAUCGAGUCAUACUCUCUACAGAAUCAGUUGUCAUCAUUGACUGAGGAACAAGUGUUGGAUGUGGUGCGCAAUAAUUAUGACACACUUACUCUCAAAUUGCAGGACAACUUAGAUCAAUACGAUAGAUACGAUCCCAUCAAACAAUGCGAAUCCAAGUUUUUUAACGAUUUGUUGAGAUUUGUUAUAAAUGAUUACAGAAAAUCAUUGAACAUAACAUUGAACGCUGAAGAGCAGCACAUUUUGAUGCAAGACUUGCAAAUGAUGUCUAAUCUUUGCAAUGCAAUAAAUGGAGAUAAUAUUUGACCGGUGAUGACCAUCAAUAUUGAUGAUCACUAAAGCACUUGCCAAUAGCUUAUGCAUAUCGAUUAUAA